UUUUAACACACACACCCCUAACGGGGGUUUACCAGACUCCGAUGACCUCCAUUCGACACGGCUGAACCUGGGAUUUACGGCUAAUUGAGCGAAACUGGUUCUUACUGGGUACUGUUGAUGUUUGUUGGAUCUUAACAAAAACUUGGAGGUCGGGAGGAUAUCAACAACAUCUGAAAAUGGAGAAUUUGUUCAGAUCCAACUCCCUAUCUCUUUCGGUACUUCUACUCUUCUUCUGCAAUGCGAUCUCGUCAAGUGCGUCCAGUUCUUCUUCCACAACCAUGCACACGAACAAUUGGGCGGUACUUGUCUGCACAUCCCGCUUCUGGUUUAAUUAUCGGCACAUGGCUAAUACUUUAUCCUUGUACAGAACGGUCAAGCGACUAGGGAUACCUGAUGAGAGAAUUAUUCUUAUGUUGGCUGAUGAUAUGGCUUGUAAUUCUCGGAACAAGUAUCCUGCACAGGUCUUCAACAAUGAAAACCACCGUCUGAAUUUGUAUGGUGAUAAUGUUGAGGUAGAUUACCGAGGUUAUGAAGUGACUGUUGAAAAUUUUUUGCGAGUAUUAACCGGCCGUCAUGAAUCAGCAGUCCCAAGGUCAAAACGACUUUUGAGUGAUGAAGGCAGUCAUAUACUUCUUUACAUGACUGGGCAUGGAGGGGAUGAGUUUCUCAAAUUUCAGGACUCAGAGGAACUUCAGAGCCAUGAUUUAGCAGAUGCUGUGAAACAAAUGAAGGAAAAGCAAAGAUUUAAGGAGCUGUUAAUAAUGGUAGAUACUUGCCAGGCUGCCACUUUGUUUUCUCAGCUUCAAUCACCUGGUGUUUUAGCUAUUGGAAGUAGCAAGAAAGGAGAGAAUUCGUACUCUCAUCACUUGGACUCUGAUGUUGGUGUAUCUGUCGUAGAUCGGUUCACAUUUUACACUCUUUCCUUCUUCGAGAGGUUAAAUAUGUAUGACAAUGCCUCACUGAGCAGUCUUUUCAAUUCCUUUAAUCCGAAUCUGUUGUUGUCGACUGCAUACUAUCGAACUGAUUUAUACCAACGAAGAUUGGAAGAGGUACCCGUGACCAAUUUCUUUGGUUCUGUAAUGGAGACUAUCCAUACUGAUUCGCCUUAUCGAGCUUUCUCAGGCAGAUACUCCAAUAAACCUAAAAUUAAGAUGCCUUUGGAUCAACCAGCCAGGGAACGCCAAGAAAAACGAGAAGCUUCAUAUGUUGCACAAGAAUUAGCUAUUCCUGAAAUACAUGUUUCACUUGGCCUCAGACACGUGUGCAUAGGGGUGAGCAAAACCGAGUCGAAACCGAAAAACCAAAUCGAACCGGUGCAUUCGGUGCGGUUCAGUGCGGUUUUUAAAGAUUUCGGUUACGGUUCGGUUUCACUAACAGAAAAACCGAAAAAAUUCGGUGCGGUUUGGUUUUCUGUCCGAAAGGCUCGUUGCUUUGAUUUGGAGAAGAUUAUGGAAUAUUCAAGAACUAGUUCUUCAGCCAUUUUUAUACUGACUCCAUCUCCUACUGCUGAGUUUUGUUUUGGUUCUAUGGCUUUAUGCACGAUUCAGUUCACCCUCUACGUCAUGGUAGUCUUAGUAAUGCUUAUUUAUAUUUAUCCAGGAGGAAAUGAAGGCACAGCUAGCAAAGAUCAUAUUUGUGAUAGUUCAAUUAUGGCCGAUGAAGUUAAGAAAUCACUGGAAAGUAAACGUGGCCACGGGCCAGCUGGCCGCCAGCCAGCCUGGUCAAACCCGUUGACCGCGGGUCUGGGCCCAACCGGAUUUCAACCGGGCUGA